AUGUCUGCCUGGCAACCAUAUAUCGAUAACAACCUCGUUGGAGCUGGUUUCGCUAACGCCCAAAUCAUUGGUUUGGACGGUUCCAACUGGGCCGCCUCAAAGGGAUUCUCCUUGAAGAACGGUGAAGAGAAGGCUUUGAUCGGUGGUUUCACCAACCCAGCCAACGUUGUUUCCACUGGUGUUGUCCUCAACGGUACCAAGUACUACGUCCUCAAGUCAGACCCACGUUCCAUCUACGGUGCUGCUGCCUCCGUCGUCGAGAAGCUCGCUGAUUACUUGAUCGAUCAAGGUUAUUAA